AUGAGUGUCACGCCAUCAAAGCAGGAACAAGAGCACAGGCCAUUGCAACAGGCAAAUGUGGAAAGACAGCAACAGAAAACUACGGAGAACAUUACGGAGACAGUCAUCAGCAGCAGUGACACAACAGGCCUACUCUCCACGAUCUCACACCAAUCCACUCAGCCAGUGCAAGAGAAGUCACUACAGCAGGCAAAAGCGGAGAACACUGCGGAGAAACCAAGCGACAACAAGGCCACCGUCAUCAAGAACACGGCUCAGCUCUCCACGAUCCCACGUCAGAUCGCCACUCAGCAAGUGGAGAACGACACUACAAUUUGGCCUGCUAUCUCUGCAUGCCUAGGCAAUAUCACAUUAGUAUGGCACAUCACUGCAAUGAGCAAACAAGAGAAGGAUCUACUGCGACGAUCACAGCCAAAUUACUAUGAUAAAUUGGACCUCUGCACGCAAAGGCCACGCAUAUCUCGCUGA